AUGCUGUUAGAAUACAGUGUCGAAAAACCUCUCAACCGAGAGCCACCUGUCGAAGAGCUUGUGAAGUCAUUUAUCACCAAAGCGAGCACUGCGUACGAUAGGAAUCAUGGACCUCUUCCCCAUAUCAAUGCCGACAGUCACUAUGUUCGUCUUGAUGGCGCAGUUUCCAAUGUCCUCGAGCUUUCGAUUGCUUCACUCAGAAAUGAUUUUAAACAAUACGAAGUGAUUUCCGCUCUUCAGUGCGCUGGAAAUCGUCGCCACACAAUGCGCACCGAGCUGAAAGAAGUCGAUGGGAUUGACUGGAACGAUGGUGCCGUAUGUAACUGCACAUGGGGUGGACCGCUCCUGGCCGAUGUUCUCACCAAAGCUGGGGUUACCAUCGAGGGUGAUGCCCAUGUCGCGUUUUCAUGUAUGCAAACAGAUUGCCAAGAGGAUAGGUAUUACGGUAGCUCUAUAUCGCUCGCGCGAUGCAUGGAUCCCAAAAGUAGGGUUAUGCUAGCCUUAGAUAUGAAUGGCUCUCCACUCAACAUAAAUCACGGUGCACCUGUUCGUAUAGUUAUGCCAGGUAUCCCUGGUGCGCGUUGGACAAAAUGGCUUGAUCGUAUCACAGUCCAGCGCCAGGAAAGCAAUAAUUUCUAUAUGCAACAUGACUACAAGAUUCUCCCCCCAUUUAUUGAAACUCGAGCGCAAGCUAAGUCGUACUGGCACUUGGUUCCGCCACUUCAAUCAAUGCCAAUCAACUCUGUCAUUGCAUAUCCGGCACGCAACGAAGUCAUUAAACUCGAUAAUCUCAUCAACGGAGAACUUGAAGUAGCUGGAUAUGCACUCCCUGAUGGUGACAGUGGACCAGUGGUGAAAGUCGAAAUAUCAAUAGACCAAGGCAAGAGUUGGAAGGAAGCAAAAAUCAUGUAUCCCGACGCUGCUGAAGUUGCGGAGGACGACGGAGUGGAUAAAUAUAAAUGGGGUUGGUCAAUUUGGAAGUACCGAAUGAACGCCGAUGAUACAAGGCGUAUAAAGAAGGACACUAAAAUUUGGUCAAGAGCGCUCGAUAGAGGUGGAAACCUACAAAAGGGGGAUAUCGAGUGGAACUUGAGAGGAGUAGGUUAUAACGGAUAUGGUGAAGUGAAAGGGCUAGAGGUGAUCGAUCACGCCAUCAGUGAAUGUGAAGAACCUACAAGAAGGAUGGCAGAGCUAAGCGUGAGUGCUUAA